AUGACCUCCCCAACGGUUAUUGGGAGUUUGGCUCAGCUGUCCGAAUCUGUGCCUUCGAAAAUUUUCUAUACGAGCAUAUUGAAGGAUUCUAAUCACGAACUUUCGGAACACAAAAGUGCUAUUAGAUUACUCGAAAACAAUGAUCCGUUCAGUGAGAUAAUCGAGAAUCUGUCUAAAGAUACAUUAACAACAAUUUUUACGGGCUCUUCCGCACUUUUAAAGUCAUUACCCCAUCUAUACUCUUUGAAGGGAUUCCCUGCUGUGAUAAAUGUGGAAAUUGAACUGCAGGACUACUCUGUCAUUCCUUCUUUUAGAGACCUUUCUUUACCAAUUUUUGUGUCCAGCGAUUUAGAAGCGGUUUUGGAAAAUGGCAAAUCUUCUGUAACAAUUGCUGCAUCAACUUUGACACCUGUUUUGCAUUUUGUCAACUGCAACAAUCUUCCAAGCAAAAUUGACGAGUCUUUAAAUUUGGAUGUAACUGUAACCCAAGUUGCGGAGGAAGCUUCAGAUUUGGAGCAUGAUCAAUUCAAUAAUUUCAAAUUAUUAAAGGAAUCAGCAACUGAUUCUGUUUUAAUUGCAAAUUUAUCCCAAUACGGUAAGGAAUUUUCUAAAGUUUUGCCAUCAAAUGUUUCACUUCUGGAUAUUAAUUGUUAUAGACCUUGGAAUUACAGUCAAUUCUUAGAAAUAUUGCCCGCGUCAAUAAGAAAAAUUGUGGUUAUUCAAGGAUCCAAUUUAAAAUCGGAUACUAAUGGAUUUGAGCCCUUACUCUUGGAUUUUUUCACAGAUUUUAAUACUUUGAUCGAAAGAGAAAUCGAUCAAAUUUUGAUAACGAAUGUUGGCCAAUUAAAAGAUAUUAAAGGUGCAUUAGCCGAAAUUGUUUCCAAUGUAAGAUCGGAAAAGCCGGAACUUUCCUUAUAUGUUGGAAAUCCAGUUGGUAACCUUGAUGCUAUGAAGAAACUAAACCAAUCUAUUGACAAGGCAAUGUCAUUGGAGAGUGCUUAUUCCAAAGUACUUCAGCAACUUUUUACCUCACAUCUCAAUGUGUUGAAUGAGUAUUCUAGUCCUAGUGUUCAAAGUAAUAAUCCCGAGUUUGGUUUUGGUCGCUUUUUAAGUGAAGAAGAAAAACGUCAACAACUUUUGUCUUUAGUGAAGAAAUCACUAGAUGCUUCAUUAUACGCAUUCGAUGAAGCCGCACAAUUUGUUCAACUCUUAUCGAAAUGGAUUUCCUUUCAUGAUGCGACUCUCGAUGAGUUUUCUUUUAAAGAAGCAAAUGGAAUUGGGUCGCAGAUCUUUAAUACUCUGCAAGAGAACCAGGAUUCAAAAAUUGUGCUAGACCUCUUGAAGAUAGCACCAAAGGAGGACGACUAUUUAUUUAAAUCUAAUUGGUUAAUAGGUUCAGACGCUUGGUCUUAUGACUUAGGGAACUCAGGUGUCCAUCAAGUUCUAUUUUCAAAGAAGAAUAUCAAUAUUCUUUUACUUGAUUCGGAACCAUAUGAUAAAGCCAAAGAAUCCACUCAAAGGAAAAAAGAUGUAGGCCUUUACGCCAUGAAUUCAGGCGAGGUUUUUGUUGCUUCGGUUGCUGUUUAUUCUUCGUACACUCAAUUGUUAACUGCCUUUCUUGAAGCAGCCAAGUUUAACGGUCCAUCCAUAGUUUUGGCUUAUUUGCCAUACCAUUCAGAAACAGACUCUCCUCUAGAAGUACUCAAGGAGACUAAAAAUGCUGUCGAAUCUGGGUAUUGGCCAUUAUACAGGUAUGACCCAAAACAAGAAAACGAGGAAGAUGUUUUCAAACUAGAUUCCUCCAUCAUUAGAAAGGAGUUACAGGCAUUCUUGGAUCGGGAAAAUAAGCUGACACUUUUAUCAAGCAGGGCACCUGACUUAGCAAGAAACUUGAAGCAAUCUGCAAGUGACAAAAUCACAGCCAAGCAGGACAGAAGAGCUAAAAUUGCGUACGAUAAAUUACUUGAAGGCCUAUCAGGUCCUCCUUUACAUAUUUAUUUUGCAUCAGACGGUGGUAAUGCCUCCUCAUUAGCAAAAAGAUUGGGUACAAGAGCUGCUGCAAGAGGGUUGAAAGCUACUAUAUUAUCAAUGGAUGAUAUAAUUUUAGAAGAUCUUCCUGGUGAGGAAAAUGUUGUCUUCAUCACCUCCACUGCUGGUCAAGGUGAGUUUCCGCAAGAUGGUAAAUCAUUCUGGGAGUCUGUGAAGUCAACCACCGAUUUAGAUUUAGCUUCCAUAAACUUUUCUGUUUUUGGUUUGGGUGAUUCUUUGUAUUGGCCACGUAAAGAAGACAAGCAUUUCUACAAUAGACCUGCUGCCAUGUUGUUCAAAAGACUGGAAUUUUUAGCAGCAAAUCCUUUGGUUCCUCUUGGACUGGGUGAUGAUCAAGAUGCAGAUGGCUAUCAAACUGCUUAUGGUCCAUGGGAAACUGAGCUAUGGUCUGCACUUGGCGUUUCAAAUGCAGAUGUUCCAGAUGAGCCAAAGCCAGUUAAUAAUGAAGAUAUGAAACUCGCAUCAAAUUAUCUUAGAGGUACAAUCGUUGAAGGUUUGGCUGACGAUUCUACCGGUGCUAUACAUGCUUAUGACCAACAAUUGACCAAGUUUCAUGGGAUUUAUAUGCAAGAUGAUCGUGAUAUUAGAGAGACACGGAAAUCCCAAGGAAUUGAACCCUAUUAUAUUUUCAUGGCAAGAGUUCGUUUACCAGGUGGUACAGCAACUCCUGAACAAUGGCUUGUUUUGGACAAGCUAGCUGAUGAAACUGGAAAUGGUACCCUCAAACUGACUACAAGAGCCACUUUUCAAUUGCACGGUGUUGUCAAAAGGAAUUUAAAGCAUACCAUUAGAUCAAUGAACUCAACUUUAAUGGAUACAUUGGCUGCUUGCGGUGACGUCAACAGAAAUGUUAUGGUGUCUGCAUUACCAGGCAAUGCUAAGGUCUUCAGUCAAGUCUCAGCUGUUGGAACUCAAAUUUCAGAGUACUUCUUACCAAAGACAACGGCUUAUCAUGAAAUCUGGUUAAGUGGUGAAGAUGAACGUGACUAUGAUCCUAACUGGCCAUCCAUUUUCGAAAAUAGAAAAGAAGGUCCUACGAAGAAAAAGACAUUGGUCAGCGGAAAUGCUUUGGUUGAUGUCGAGCCUCUUUAUAGUAAAGUUUAUUUGCCAAGAAAGUUCAAGGUCAAUAUUACUGUUCCGCCCUUUAACGAUGUUGAUGUAUGGUCAAUUGACCUCGGUCUAGUUGCUAUCAUCGAUGAAACCACACAAAAUUUGGAGGGUUUCAAUAUGUAUGUUGGAGGUGGUAUGGGUACUACUCAUAAUAAUAAGAAGACGUAUCCAAGAACAGGUUCCUGCUUCGGUUUUGUAUCACAGGAAGAUGUAAUUAGUGCAAUUGAAGGUGUAAUGAUUGUUCAAAGAGACAACGGUGAUCGUGCCAACCGUAAGCAUGCCCGUUUAAAGUAUACUAUUGAUGAUAUGGGUGUCGAAACUUACAAAGAGAAGGUUGAAGAGAUAACAGGUAAGAAAUUCGAACCUGCAAGAUCAUUCAAAAUUGACUCCAAUCACGAUGUCUUCGGUUGGGUAAAAGACGAAACCGGCUUGAAUCAUUUCACUGUAUUUAUUGAAAAUGGUAGAGUAGAAGAUACGGUCGACAUGCCACAAAAGGCAGGUCUAAGGAAAAUUGCUGAGUAUAUGCAAAAAACCAAAUCUGGUCAAUUUAGAUUAACAGGUAAUCAACAUUGUCUUAUUUCCAAUAUUAAAGAUGAGCACCUUGAUGACAUCAAGAAUCUCAUGAAAAAAUAUAAAUUAGACAAUACAGACUUCAGUGGAUUGAGACUAGCAUCGGCUUCAUGUGUUGGUCUACCAACUUGUGGUUUGGCAAUGGCUGAGUCUGAGCGUUAUCUACCACAACUUAUCACCAAAUUAGAAAAUAUCCUAGAAGAGUACGGUCUUCGUCAUGAUGCUAUCGUGAUGAGAAUGACCGGUUGUCCAAAUGGAUGUGCCAGACCCUGGCUAGCUGAGGUAGCACUAAUAGGUAAGGCACCUGACACCUACAAUAUGAUGUUAGGUGGUGGUUUCUAUGGUCAAAGGUUGAACAAAUUGUAUAAAGCCUCAAUUAAAGAAGAGGAAGUUAUUUCUAUCCUAAGCAAUUUGUUCAAGAGGUGGUCUUUGGAAAGAAAUGAGGGAGAGCAUUUCGGUGACUUCCUUAUCCGCGUUGGUGUUAUCAAACCAACUACAGAAGGUAAAUUUUUCCACGAUGACAUCGCUGAAGAAGCAUUUUAA